AUGGCGGACAGCAGUAAGGGAAGGAAGAUCAAGAGGAAGGAGGUCUGUGUUUCCUGACUCUCUUCCCGACUAUCCUACCGUCCUCCUGCAUCUUCUUCGUCCAAUACUAAUCUCUGCUCUUUUGAUAUUAUUUUCGGUGUAGAUGAUUUCGUUCACUGAUUAUAUGAGCGCCGAAAGUUGAGAGAGCGACCUCCUUGAAUUCUUACUUUGAUGUCCCCGCAUCUCCUGGUUUCUUUCGCCGAAUCUAUUUCCUGCGUCGGACUACUUUUCGGUGUGUCCGAUCGGUUCCUUAGCCUACCGUGUUAAAUUAGACGACUACGGAGCAUCCACUGUGGGGUUCACCUUACGGAGAAUUGAUAGAAAUAAAUGGCCACUGGCUUAAAUUUUGUCGGCAUUCGAGCCUGCUUCAGUAACUCGGAGAUUAACAAAGUUACAAAAUGAGUUUCGAAUUCAUUGCCUUUUAUCAAUCCCGAAAACCUAGCAGCCAAGGAAAAAAUUAAAUAUUUCCUCACGCGAGUAUGUGUUCAAUAUCAAAUGCAGGACAGAACCAGGCAAUGCUCCUACCGAGUGGCCCAUUCAUUGAAGUUUUUGCUUCAUAUAUUAACUGGUCUGUUAUCUUUCAGAUUAAACUUGUUCUCCUGAGUGCCUUCAGCACGGCAAAUCGAUGAUUUCUCAGUGUCAUUGAGGAUAUUUCAUAAAAUAUUAUGGUGACGUUUCCAUUUUGAACGCAGAGAUCUAUGAUAACUUGUUACAGAUAAACAUGUUAUAUUUCGAGCACCAGACUUGGUGAAUAUUAGUAAACCUAAAUAUAUGUCAGCAUUGUUUUACAGGGUAUCAUUAUUACGGUUGGGAGGUUAGGAUUUGCGAUGCUUGUGCGUGUUAUUUGUGUUAAUUUUUCUUAUUUCGUUUCUGUCCUUAUACUUAUUCAUUACAAUUAUUGUGUUUAAGAUUAUCUUGUUAUUUUAUGCUUUUUAAAGCCUUUUUGGUUCAUUUUUUUCUGUUUAUAAUUAGAUUUUGGAGCAUAUUAUGUGAAUACAAACUAUCUUGAAUUAGGUUCUUGAAAGAAAAAAGGCCAUCACCGAAGUUAUAAAAACUGCAUCUGCUGUGAAGGACCAUUUGGCUCCAUUUCUGCCAUUCCGCCAAUAUGAUAGAAACGGUAACUCUCAAAUACUGGAAAUUUGGGCAUCAACUUAUCUAAUGUUGGAUGCAUCCACUUUGUUUCCCUCUCCGUUUCCAGUUUCGUCAAUGAUUGUAGUGAAGCAUCUUUAUACAUAAAUAUUUUCUUUCAAUCGCAUUGGUCUCUUGUCCUGUACUUACCUGGGUAAAUCAGCAAAAGCUUGGCAAGUUGUUAACUUCAGUUUCCUGUGUUUUUAUUUUUUCUAAUUCUGAUCAGGGAUUUUGUUAUCACUUUUCUUCCUACAUUUCUAUAUAUGUUGCCUAAUCCCGAGCUGGUGGCAGACCUUGCGGUGUACCUCGAGUCUGGAUAUGGAUCCCGACUAUCUACUCCCAUGAAACAAUACAUUCAGGCUCUUCUCAAGGUAUAAGGCUGCUACGAUUUUACAGCUUACUUUAUUUUCACCCAUGGAAGUGAGGAAAGAGCAUGAUUCUCGGUUAGCUACGUUGAUAUUACACUAGAUUUAAUAAUCCACCUUUCUAGAUUAAUAUGGAGAAGCCAUAUGGAGCUGAGUGGUCAGUAGAAGAAAAAGUGAAGCGCAGGGAAAUGGUCGCCCCAGAAGCCCAGUAUUUAUUCAUCCGAGAGGCUCCUGCUGCAUGUGGCGGUGAGGAUGCCCUGAAAUGUGAGGAAAAAUCAUCUCAUCAUCUAUGGACCGGUGAUGGGGAUCCAGUCGUCGGCUUCGUGCAUUACAGAUUCACUAUAGAAGAGGAUAUACCCGUAAUUUAUGUUUAUGAACUGCAAUUGGAGUCUCAUGUUCGAGGAAAAGGAUUGGGGAAGUUUCUUAUGCAGCUCAUAGAGCUUAUUGCUCGCAAGGUAUCAGAUAUUCUCAUUCUAAAAUAUGGUAAUUUCAUUAUCUACUAUGAUAUCAACUCAUUUCAAUUUCAGAUUUAUAUUCCUGCCGUCAUCCCUCUUCUUCUCUCCAUCUCUUUGGUUGAUCUUCUCACUUCUUCCCGUUGGUUCUCUUUUUCUCACUUAAUAAUCGAAAUUCUUCUGAUGUUGAGAAUCCGUGGCAUUUCCAGAAUCACAUGGGAGCUGUGAUGCUGACUGUUCAGAAAUCUAACGAAUCAGCUAUGAACUUCUACACGAACAAGCUCAGGUAAGGAACAAAUAUGACUCAUGUCACUUUAAAUAUUGUUCUCUGAUGAACUGUAAUUCCAAAACAGAUAUCAUAUUUCAAUAAUUUCCCCUUCGAGAGUGGACCCGCUGGUACGAGUCUCACAUCAUCCAUCGUUCCUUUUUUCUUUUUUUUUGGCGGCCCCUCCAUGUCCGCAAGACUUCCCUCUAAUCUCCCUCUGCUUCUUUCUUUCUUUCUUUCUUUCUUUCUUUCUUUCCCUUGGGCAGAUUGGAGGCGGAGAAAGUUACGAGAUCCUUUGUAAAGUGUUCAAUGCCGAGGCGAAGACUAAGUUGGAGGUAUUCUUCUAACCGAUCCCUCUGCUUCACUCUUUGUUUUAAGUUUCUUGAGUAACUAUAAUGCUUGCAAAUGCAAUAUGAUGAUGAUGGUGAUGAUGAUUAUUAUUAUUAUUAUUGUUAUUAUUAUUAGUUUGAAGGAUGCGAUCCUGGUGA